GGUGAGGACGCCCCGCGCGGCGUUUCGCCGCCGACGGAAGCGCCCUGGAGCAGUUGCAAAGGACUGGCUCACAGUCGUUGGACCGUCUCGUCGUCAGCCAGCACGUCCUCAGGCCUCCGGUGAGCUGCAGCGUCUCGCGCAGUCCGGUGACGGCGACGCCGACACUCCGUGCCGGCAGCAUGUUGUACGGGCCGGGAGCGAGCGUGCUGCCGCCGCACGGCUGCCCCCCGCAGUUGGGCGGCGAGCCGGCGUCGGCCGCCGCCUGCGACUUGCUGUGGGGCCCGCUGACGGCGCCGCCGGACCCACAGGCCAGCCCGCACUACCCGCACUACUACGCCUACCAGUCAUACCCGGUGCAUGGCUACUGCCCCAGCUACAGCUCGCCGCUCCCGCCGAGCGCGCCGAGCUACUGCGCGCCGCCCAGCGCGCCGGCCGAUCCGCCGGGCUACGUCUGCCUGACGCCGCUGACGCCGCUGACGCCGGCGCCGCGCUCGCCGCCACGAUCCGAGCCAGAGUCCGGCGAGAAGAAGCGGCGCGGCCGCAAGAAGGGCCAGACACGCGACUCGGGCGCCUGGACGGCCAACAAGCGGCUGGGCCGGCCGCUGGGCACCACGCGCGCCAACGGAUACAAGGUGGGCUGCCGCGGCGGCCGACGCAAGGGCACCACGCGCGAGAACGGCUUCAAGGUGAGCGGCGGCCGGCCGCGCGGCACCACACGCGCCAACGGAUACAAGGUCAGCACGGGCCGCCCUAAGGGCACCACGGUCGCCAACGGCUACAAGUGCAGCAGCGGGCGGCCGCGUGCCUCGGCUACUUCCGGCCCGGACAGCGGGCCCGGCGCUGUCUGCCUCAAGCACUCCGACUCGCCGGCCGGUUCCAACUUCGGCGUCGAGCAACGGGGGGACGGCGAGAUGCACGAGAGCCCGCACAACACCGGCGACGACAGGGCCCCCUCCCCAGAUAUCUCCAGCUGUCCUGAGGAAAUCAGCAACUCUACCUGGAUGCCUCCAAAAAUAGAUGGCGCUCUAUCGCUGGACCUGCACUCGUCGCUGUGCGAGCCGGAGGAGCCAGUGCCAACGGUGAUACUCUCGCCAAAUGCCGCCCCUCUGCUGGCUCUGCCGCCGGACGACGGCGGCGCCGCGCUGCCGUCGUCGGCCGCCGCCGCCAGCGCCUCGACGCUCGACUUCACCGCGGCACCGCUGAUGCCGAUAUAG